CACUUGUAAGCCCAGCCAUUGCCUGCUUUGCUGCCACACGAACAGAGCCGGUCUGGACAAACCAGACGCCCCCGACCAGGACGAACCCUAGGAUUGGCCCUCCUCUGCCCGCCGCCGCCCGAGGAAUCUCCGGCCACCGGAAUCCCUUCUCUCCUCCGUCCGGCGGAUCGGCUCCACCGUCCUUCCCAAAUCCUUGCCUCCGAGCUUCCCCUUUCUCCUCCGCGCCUUACGUCGCCCCCGACAACCGAGGUCACUGAUGCCGUCGUCCUCGCCUACAACGCCGCCGCCCGAACCUCCUCUCUUCCCACGCCGCCCACCGCCUUGAGCCCCUGAUCACUUCAGACGCCGCUGGCCCGCCUGCUUCACCUCCGAAUCCAAGGUAGCGCCAUCACCAUCAUUUCUUAGUUAUGCUGCUGAUCUAGCUGGUUUCCCUGGAGUGAAGUUUAGAAGUUUUUGCGCUGACCACUAGUUCUUAAGGACAUGUAUAAGAUCAAAUAUAUAUACUUGGUUUUGAACUUCGAAAGGAAGCUCAAAUUUUUGUUUCUAGAUGCCACUGUAAAUUGUUUUUGUUCCCAGAUGCCAUUGUAAACUGUUUGAUGAUGAUUUUCGUUGCUAGAUGUCAAUGUUGUUGCUUGAUGCUACAUUGCCACUGUUUGUUAGAUGUGGAAACUGAUUUAGACAUCUAGUAUUUUUUGUUUAUAUGUAAUAUUACAGGAAGUCAAGAUGAGUAAACGAAACAAGACACUGAAUUCUUUUUUUCAAGUUAUGCUGCUGAUCUAUGGAGUAAAUGGGUAUCUCGGAAAACAAGGGGAGGUGAUUGAGAGAUUCAUGGCAGUUGAGCAUGUUCCUGAUUGAGGAACAAAAUGAGUGAUGAUUGGAUGAAUCAUAGAAUGGUAUGUUACAUUGAGCGAGAUGCAUGUGUUAGUAUUGAAGAAUGAAAGGUCAUCAAGCGAUUUCAAGGUUAUCGCACACGCAAAGGCCUUUUGCCUCGUCCGACGUUUAGCUUCUUCUACUAUUGAAGAUGUAGUCAUGGGAGGCUCAGGUCAACCAAUCCUUUGAUUUGGUAUCAAUCGUUUGUAUCAUCUAUGUAUGCUAUAUAUUGUCUUUUGAUUUGUCUCGCUUUAUUAGUUGACCCAUCAUGGAACAAAUGUUGCCAUUGAAUAUUAUGUAUGGUUUUUUAUUAGUAAUGCAACAUAGAUUGACUUUUGUAUGACUUGAAACUGAAUUUUUUUGGGGUCGUUUUUAGCCCUUAGUUUCUCGCCUGGGGCGUCAGCGAAUCCUGGGUCCGCCAUUGCGCAAUGCUCACACCGGAGCGCCGCUACAAGAUCUGGCAUGAGAUCCGGGCAAGACAAGUCGCGUGCGCCGCCCGCAUCACUGUCGGGCUGCCUCCGGACUCGCCGGAGCCGGACGAGGAGGAGCAGCCGGGGAAGAGGAGGAGUAGCUGGCUUCGAUGGAGGUGGAGGAGGCGGAGCAGCUAGAGCAACAGUUGCUAGGCUUCAACAUGGAGCAGGUGGCGGCGGAGUUCGCCGUCACCCAGUCCGACGAGAUGGUGGAGCAGCAGGCCAUCCUGAAGUCCAUCCAGGAUGAGGCCUAUGUGAAGGCCAACCCGGCGUUCCUCCAGCAGAAGCAGGCGGCGUCCGACGCACUCUUCGCCGAAGCCGGCGCGGAGAUAGCGAAGGAGGAGGCCGGAGCCAAGCAGCCGGAGGAGCCAGAGCUGCAACUGCCGCCAAUGCUGCCGGAGUCGGGCACGGAGAUUGUCGAUAUCUCCGACGAUGAGUAGCUAGGUGAUCGACGUAGUAUGUAGGUUUAUUUCGUUUGCAUGUCUUUGUAUGGAUUUAAAAAUCUAGAAUGAGAUGUUCUGCAACUAGUCAAAUUUGAGGCAUGCCCGAUCACUGUCCGCAGACGCGCCCUCCGCGUGCGUUUGAGGGGCCAUAUUUGACAUAUCCGACUAUAGAUGCUCUAACCUACUA